AUGAAGAGGAAACGUCCGACCCAGAAUCGCGAUGCAACACACGCGGCCAAGCGUCUUAAGCCCGGCGAUGAGACAACAGACCGACCGUCGUAUCCUCUUCUUGGAAAAUACUACACCGAUGUCGUGACUUUGCGACAAUACCUCGCCUCACGUCUCACCAAGAAGCGGCGCAGGAGACUGCAGCAGUAUGGACGCGACGGCGACCAGCAUGCCGAAGCUGCAGUUAGUCGCUUGCUGGACAAGACGGUUGUGGGCGCGUUCCAGCCGGUCAACACUGAAGAGAGCAGCUUCGUCGAGGAUGAUCUGUCUACCUUCACUCAGCAGCUCAGCCACUCCGAAUCUUCCAUCCUCUUGACUCCCGGUGAGCUGAAACAGACCGAGGUAGGCUACUGUAUGAAACUGGCCGUUACUUGUCAUUCGAGACGCGUCUUCCGUGCACGCGUGACACGGCUAACGGUAAGUAGAUCGUUGAUUUUACGGUCUGGCUUCUUUUCCGCAGGCACACAGGACAGUAUAGACCCAAACACCUUCUGUGUAAGAAUUUCCAGAAAUACGUGACCGAGUACAACUAUGGACCCGAGCCGGAGAUCGUUUCUUGCAUACCGGGGAUUUACUCGAGCGGCCCCAACGAACAUGUCCAGACCUUGAAGCAGCACCCCUGGAAUGCCAUUCCGACUCUGCUAGGCAAAGGUGCAGAGCGCGUCAUGGUUGACUUGCUUUUGGACUGCGGCGUCUUUAUGCCUGUCAUCGAAAGCAGUAACCUGAUUCAGCUGAGUGGAGUACCCAUGAGCGACCUCGAACUUCAACCGACCUAUUCUUCUACGAAUCAGACAAAGACAAGUACGCUAAAGGCUGAUGUCACUCAACGGAAGGCCUCUCGCGGUCUCUCAGAUAUACGCUUCGUCCGUUCUCGCAUGCUGUAUGCUCGUGCUGCCUCCACCUCGAAAGGCCAUGUGCGUUUUGGCUUGAAUCCAAUCCACGUUCUGAGCAGGUGCCGCGAUACGGGCGACGUUUCUCAGACACAGCACGUCAUGAAGCACGUUUUUCCAUCACAGUUCGGCUUGCACAACGUCCUCGCCAGCAACACAGACGGACGGGAGACGGGCGAGCCGUUCAAAGACUAUACGCUGCGUGAGCGAGAAAUUACCAGCCACAGAAGCCGUCAGCUUCAGCGACGCUAUCUAGCAGGCAGUAAAACGACAUUACGACCCGGCUCUGUGCCGAAGCGGCUCCGUGGCGAAGCACAACACAUGAUCCAUCAGCUGCGGAAACGCCAUUCCAAAUGCUCAUACUUUGCACUGUUGAAUCACUACUGUCCUGUGAGAACCGAAAAUGCGGAGCCAUCACAGAGCUCAAUCCGACAAGCAGCCGAUGUUGCCCAAGUCUCCGCCUUCUGUCGGGCCGCUGUUCUCCAAGUCUUCCCCAAGGCUCUGUGGGGAUCUGGUGAAAUGGCACAGAAUAACGUGAAGAAAUUGAAAUAUGACAUUGAUCGCUUUGUCCGAUUGCGACGAUACGAAAGUCUGAGCCUACACGACGUCCUCCAAGGUUUGCGACUUGACGAGAUCGAUUGGUUGAUUCCACCCAAUGCUAGGAAGGGAGAUCGCUUGAGCAUGAGCGACUUUGCCAAACGGAAGGAGUUGAUGACAGAGCUGCUCUACUAUCUUUUCGACUCCUUCCUCAUUCCACUCCUUCGCGCCCAUUUCCAUAUCACUGAAUCUAAUAUGCAGCGCAAUCAGCUGUUCUACUUCCGGCACGAUGUCUGGAGAAGGAUGUCGGAACCGAUGCUUGCGUCGCUCAAACUCAACAUGUUCGAAGAGUGCAACGCCACCGAUUUCAAUCGAAUGGUCGCAAAGCGAUCUCUCGGCAUCAGCAACAUUCGUCUGCUGCCCAAAGAACGUGGCAUGCGGCCGAUCAUCAAUUUAAGACGACGCGUCCAGAUACUGCAGAAUGGUCGCUUGACGCUUGGCAAAAGCAUCAACAGCUUGAUGACGCCUGCCUUCAGCGUUCUUAACUAUGAAAAGACCGCGAAUCCUGCUAUACUUGGCUCUGCGCUGUUCUCUGUCGACGAUCUCUUCCCUCGCCUCCAAUUGUAUCGCCAAUCUUUGGUUCAGCAAGGGUUGCAGGGCCGGCCACUUUACUUCGCUAAAGUCGACGUGCAAUCUUGCUUCGAUACUAUCCCACAGAAGCAACUUAUGCGGCUGGUAAGACGUGUCAUAUCUUCCAGCCAAUACCAGACAACAAGAUACUCUCGCGCCAAGCUUGCGGGAGGUGACAACAAGCACAUGCCCGGGUUUGGGGCUAAGCCUUCUUGGAAAUUCUUGACCAAAGCUACCGCGAGCACCCAAGCACUCGAUUUCCGACAAGAAGUCGAGGACGACACGGCAGACGGACGAACGAGAUCCGUCUACAUUAAUGGCAAUGCGCAGAAGCGGGAGAGUCGGCAUGCCCUGCUUGCCUUGCUCGAAGAACACGUCGAAGCCAACCUCAUCAAAAUCGGCAAGCGAUACUAUCGUCAGAAGGAGGGCAUACCUCAGGGAUCCAUUGUUUCCAGUUUACUUUGCAGCUAUUUCUACGCUGAGCUCGAGCGAGAAGAGCUUGAAUUCGUGAAUGACGGCAGGAGCGUGUUGUUGCGCUUGAUUGACGACUUUCUGGUCAUCAGCACGGAGCGAGAUGUUGUGGCUCGCUUCUUGAAUACCAUGCACGCUGGCAUCCCACGAUUUGGAGUCACCGUCAAGGCCGAGAAGAGUCGCGCGAACUUUGACGUGGAAGUCGACGAAGGAAUUAUCGCGAGAAAUGCUCGCGAAGACGCCUUCCCGUACUGCGGCAAUGCUAUUGAUACGCGCACCCUCAACAUCACCAAGGACCUGGAGAGGAGGCGCAAAAGCAACAUUGCCGACUCGGUGACAGUGGAGUACACCAAGCUGCCAGGGCAGACGUUGUAUCGCAAGACGUUGAACGCGCUCAAGCUGCAGAUGCACGCGAUGCAUCUCUCCACGGCCUACAAUGAUGUUGAGACCGUACUCUCCAACGUCUACCACUGCUUCUCGGAGCUCGCGCAGAAGUGCUAUCAUUACGUCAAAUCUCUACCGGUGUCGAAGCAGCCGGGUAGCAGUCUUGUCGUUCGUAAGUCUACCGCUAGUGCUGUGAUGUGCAGCUCGUAUUUGCUGAUCACUGACGUUCAUGGUGCACAGGAACUGUCGAUGAUUCGAUCAAGCUGGCGUGCGUCCUCAUGAAGCGGAGGAAGAAGACGAAGAAGGACAUUCUAGACUACGAGUGUUGUGUCAAGUGGAAUCAGACGAGAUGGUGAGUGCAGAUCAAAGAAAUUUUCCUCCUUCCUCCGGGCUUCUGCUGUUGAGGGACUUGUUCCGGGGCACAGCCGGUAAAGCUUGCGCGCUGCGAAACAAGCGCCACGCUUUGCCCCACGGCACAGAGAAGACGGCGCGAAAGUCGAUGACUUGGCAUGGACAAAUCAUUGCAACUCGCGUGCAUGACGAAAGCAAAGAAGAUCUACCAAGCGCCCGGAGCAGAACACACAAACACAACCAAGGCAGUUGGCUAACAGGGACGACUGCAGGCUCGCAUGUGUCGCUUUCCUAUCGUUCUUUCGCAAGCGACAAUCGAAGUUUCGCGGCUUGAUUGCGUUUCUGGAGAAAGAAGUGCAAGGCCUGCGCAUUGGAAACGUGGACGUGAGAUUGCUGGAGCAGGUUGUCGCAGGGUAUAACGCUGCUUGA